AUCACAUUUUACUCACAGGCAGCAAGAAAAUAGCUAACCACUGCCUUUGCUGCUGUCUUACAUUUUUAACAGAGAAGUGAAUACAUUCCAUAAUCUACGGACACGAUGGGCACCAGACUGAGAACACUUAUUUGCACUUUUGUCUUUGCAUCAUGGGUGAGCUUAGCCUCAGGGACACAGUAUCAGCAAAACUCUCAUCACACAAAAAAGGACCUGCUACCUAAGGAACAAGCCCAUUUGAUAGAGGCAGAUCUUGCAGCUGACAAUGCCAAAACAAAUACCCUCUUCCUUGCUGACCCCCCAGACAACUCCAGUUCAAGCUCAGUUGACGGUGAUACUUUAGACCUUCCAACCUGCCUGCUGUGUGUGUGUUUGACUGGAUCGGUCUACUGUGAGGAAGUUGACCCUGAUAUGACAUCAGUGCCUGCUCUUCCUAAAGAGACAGCAUAUCUUUAUGCUCGUUACAACAAGAUAAAAAAGAUAACUGCAAAAGAUUUUGGUGAUAUUGUUACUUUAAAAAGAAUCGACCUGACUGGAAAUCUUAUUUCUGAGAUUGAGGAUGGAGCCUUCGUGAAGCUUACUUUGCUGGAGGAACUCUCCCUUGCUGAGAAUCAGUUGGUGAGGCUCCCAAUUCUACCAGUCAAGCUAACCUCCUUCAACGCCAAUCACAACAACCUCAAGACCAAAGGAGUUAAAGCAAAUGCUUUCAAGAAAUUAACAAAGCUCAGAAAUUUAUAUCUUGCACACAAUCAGUUGGAGGCAGUUCCAGUGAUUCCAGAGAGUGUGGUCAUCCUUCACAUUCAGAACAACAACAUUUCUACUGUUAAUACUGAUACCUUCUGCAAAAGCAAUGACACCUACUAUAUCCGCCCCAAUAUGAAUGAGAUCAGAAUGGAUGGAAACCCUGUCAUUCUUGCACAGUACCCAAACAGCUUCACAUGUCUCCAGUCUUUGCCAAUUGGACGGUACCACUGAAUAUGCAUAACAAAGAAAAGUCUCUGAAUGUGCAUCAGACAUGAACAAAUAUGGACAAAGAUGUUUCCUGUCCAGUUUUUCAUUUAGAAGCAAAAGCAGGGUAUGUAAAAUGUUUGACAACUUGAUUACAAUGUUAUAUCGGUGCUGAUUAACUUCUCUCCCUGGCUUUUUCUUAAUACUGUUGUAAAUGGAACUAUAAUAUAAAUAUAUCCAAUGUAUAUAACCCUUUUGGUGAAAGCUGCUGCGUAGUAAUUCGUGGCUUCCUUAUGAAGUGGAGCUUUCAGCAUUCCUCUGAAUUAUGUGAAUCACUUUCAUUUGUACUGUUUAAGAAGUCUUACUCUGGUUGAAAUGAAGAAACCUAAUACAUUUAUUACGAGUGAAGCAUUCACCCCAUACAUGCUUCUACAAGGAUGUGGUAGGUCUGUCCUGGUAACUUGGAAUCUUUAGAGAACUAUUUAUGGUGACGCAACAGUGAUUACUACCUAAGUGUGAAUCAUCAAGCAGGCUGUACAGUAAUACAUUAUAUUAAAUCACUAUGCUACGUGACUUCCACAGACACUUUAAUAAAUGUUUUUUGUUUAAAGUUA